GUGAGCCACCAUGUGCUUGCCGGGAAUUGAACUCAGGACCUUUGGAAGGGCAGGCAAUGCUCUUAACCACUGAGCCAUCUCUCCAGCCCCCGGUCCCAGCAUUCUUGAAUCUUUUAUUUAUUUUUUAAUUUACUUAUUAUCUGCAUGUCUGCCGGCCAGAAGAGGACGCCAUAUCUCAUUACAGAUGGUUGUGAGGCACCAUGUGGGUGCUGGGAAUUGAACUCGGGUCCUCUAGGGAAGCAGCCAGUGCUGUUAUCCGUUGAACCAUCUCUCCAGCCCAGCAUUCUUAAAUCUUUAGUCUUAUAGUAGUAUCAUUCAGGAAAAUGACCUCAAACCUUUCACUAUUGCUCCAGGAAGCUUUUGGCUAUAUUUUGUGUGGUUUCCAGGUUUUGUUGUUUCUCAGGACACACCUCAGGGUUUGACGUCCACGUCUGCACCACACGCCUCAGCCUUGGACGCGAUCCCGCCUUCAGGACGCGCCCGGACUUCCGUUUCCGCUGGAGCCAAGGCAGCCGGGUGACCGGGCCGUAGAGCUUCAGGAAGCGGCCUCUCUAUCCUGGAGCCGCAGUGCCUUGUGGGAUCGCGGCGGAGUUUGGGGUGACAGAAGUGCUCCCCCCACCCCCCGCCCCGCGCGCGCUCGCCCAGAGUACGGAAGCCGAGAGGGUCUGGCGCAGCCAUGGCGGCGCACCUGAAAAAGCGGGUGUAUGAGGAGUUCACGAAAGUGGUUCAGCAACAGCAGGAGGAAAUCGCCACCAAGAAGCUCCGGCUGACAAAGCCUAGCAAGUCUGCCGCCCUCCACCUCGACCUGUGCAAAGCCAGCUCCCCAGCAGAUGCUCUGCAGUACCUCCUCCAGUUUGCCAGGAAGCCCGUGGAGGCCGAAAGCGUGGAGGGGGUAGUCAGGAUUCUCCUAGAGCAUUAUUAUAAGGAAAAUGAUCCAUCUGUGAGACUGAAAAUUGCGUCAUUGUUGGGCUUGUUAUCAAAGACGGCAGGAUUCUCUCCAGACUGCAUAAUGGAUGACACCAUUAACAUCCUACAGAAUGAAAAGUCUCACCAAGUCCUGGCUCAACUGUUAGACGCUCUGCUUGCAAUAGGCAGUAAACUACCAGACAAUCAAGCUACCCAGGUGCGCUUAGUGGAUGUGGCCUGCAAGCACCUGACAGAUACAUCCCAUGGUGUAAGAAAUAAGUGCCUGCAGUUACUUGGCAACCUUGGCUCUUUGGAGAAAAAUGUCACAAAAGAUGCUGAAGGCUUAACUGCCAGAGAUGUCCAGAAGAUUAUCGGGGACUACUUUAGUGACCAGGACCCGCGUGUCAGAACAGCAGCUAUAAAAGCCAUGCUGCAGCUCCAUGAGAGAGGACUGAAGCUACACCAGACGAUUUAUAAUCAGGCCUGUAAGCUGCUGUCAGAUGACUACGAGCAGGUGCGCAGUGCUGCGGUGCAGCUCAUCUGGGUUGUCAGUCAGCUCUACCCCGAGAGUAUUGUUCCAAUACCUUCUUCUAAUGAAGAAAUUCGCUUAGUUGAUGAUGCAUUCGGGAAAAUUUGCCACAUGGUCAGUGAUGGCUCCUGGGUAGUUCGUGUUCAAGCGGCAAAGCUAUUGGGCUCUAUGGAGCAAGUCAGUUCUCAUUUCCUGGAGCAGACUCUUGACAAGAAGCUGAUGUCAGAUCUAAGGAGGAAACGCACUGCACACGAGCGUGCCAAGGAACUCUACAGUUCAGGAGAGUUUUCCAGUGGCAGGAAAUGGGGAGAUGAUGCUCCCAAGGAAGAAAUAGAUACAGGGGCUGUGAACUUGAUAGAGUCAGGAGCGUGUGGAGCCUUUGUCCAUGGGCUGGAAGAUGAGAUGUACGAGGUUCGCAUUGCUGCUGUGGAGGCUCUCUGCAUGCUGGCUCAGUCUUCACCCUCCUUUGCUGAGAAGUGCCUUGACUUCCUAGUUGACAUGUUUAAUGACGAAAUUGAGGAAGUGCGUCUGCAGUCCAUACAUACCAUGAGGAAAAUCUCCAACAAUAUCACCCUCCGAGAAGACCAGCUUGAUACCGUCCUGGCCGUAUUAGAGAACAUUCGAGGCAGAAGAGGAGCAGAUAUAGACCUGCGGAGAAUGGCACAGCUGUCAGUGUGCUGUGACGUGUGCUGUGACGUGUGCCGUGACAUGUGCUGUCAGUGUGCUGUGACGUGCUUGAAGUUCCUGGGGAGCCGGCAUCCGACCCUUGUGCUUCCUUUGGUGCCCGAGCUCUUGAGCACCCACCCGUUUUUUGACACAGCUGAGCCAGACAUGGAUGACCCGGCGUACAUUGCAGUUUUAGUUCUUAUCUUCAAUGCUGCUAAAACCUGCCCUACAAUGCCUGCACUGUUCUCGGACCACACCUUCAGGCACUAUGCCUACCUGCGAGACAGCCUCUCUCAUCUUGUUCCUGCCCUGAGGUUGCCAGGGAGAAAACUGGUGUCAUCAGCCGUCUCUCCUGCCAUCACCCCCCAUGAAGACCCUUCCCAGCAGUUCCUGCAGCAGAGCCUCGACAGGGUCUACAGUGUUCAGCACCUAGACCCGCAGGGGGCCCAGGAGCUGCUGGAGUUCACCAUCAGACUGCUUUUGCCUGUGAGAGAAAGGAAAGGGCAAGAAAGGGGCUUCAUUCUGUUUCGCUUAUUUAGAACCCCGUCUUCUGAUGGGCGUCUAGACUGCGGCUUCCUGAGGCUUGUGGGCAAGAGAGGUGCACAGAGGAAACCCCGGGACACAGAGCGUUGUGCCGGGGGCCAACAAGUUUCCACUUUGCCUGUCUUUGACCCUGUGAGCAAGACCCCAGGGCCCAGCGUGCAGCAGCUGAUUGUCCUGACAGUCGUUGCACACUCCGCGGCUUUGCAGGAGAAGCUGUGGAAUGUGGCUGCCCCCCUAUAUCUAAAGCAGAGUGAUUUGGCCUCAGCAGCAGCAAAACAGAUCAUGGAAGAAACCUAUAAAAUGGAGUUUAUGUACAGCGGGGUGGAGAAUAAGCAGGUGGUGAUCAUACACCACAUGAGGCUCCAAGCCAAAGCCCUGCAGCUGAUAGUCACUGCACGGACCACGCGAGGAGUUGACCCCUUAUUUGGAAUGUGUGAAAAGUUUUUACAGGAAGUGGAUUUUUUUCAGAGGUGCUUUGUUGCCGAUUUGCCCCAACUUCAUGACAGCUUUGUGGAUAAACUUCUUGAUAUUAUGCCCCGACUCAUGGCGUCUAAACCUGUGGAAGUGAUCAAAAUUCUGCAGACAAUGCUGCGGCAGAGCACCUUCCUCCAUCUCCCGCUCCCGGAGCAGAUCCACAAAGCCUCGGCCACCAUCAUCGAGCCCGCAGGCGAGUCAGACAACCCUUUGCGGUUUACAUCUGGGUUGGUGGUAGCCUUGGAUGUGGAUGCAACCCUGGAACAUGUACAAGACCCUCAGAACACUGUUAAGGUCCAGGUCUUGUACCCUGAUGGCCAGGCUCAGAUGAUCCACCCGAAGCCAGCAGACUUUCGAAACCCUGGCCCCGGCCGGCACCGCCUCAUCACUCAGGUGUACCUCUCCCACACUGCCUGGACAGAGCCAUGCCAGGUGGAAGUGCGGCUGCUGCUGGCCUACAACUCUGGUGCACGCAUCCCAAAAUCUCCAUGGAUGGAGGGUGGUGAGAUGUCACCACAGGUGGAGACCAGCACUGAGGGCACCAUCCCCUUCAGUAAGCCCGUGAAAGUUUACAUAAUGCCCAAGCCUGCAAGACGCUGACCCUAACCAGUUUUCACAGCCAUGGCCUAGGAGCCCUUUCUAGGUACUGUGAGCAGAAGCCUGGUACAUCACCUGGAAGUAUGUAGGCAUGAAGAACAUGCCAGCCUUACAGUCCCUUUCAGUAUCGUACACAGGGUCAAUCAUUUUUACAUUAAUAACAGAAAUAUUCUGGUUUAUCUCUUCCGUUCCCAUAAUAAAGUUGAGAAAACAC